AAUAAAGGUAAACACACAGGUAGAACAACGUCCAAUCGUUAUGCUAUUGUGACAGGUAAAAUUGUAGAGGUCAAAGUUGAUAAAAAUGUGAUUACUACGCAACAGCCUCAAUCACUAUGGCAACAACAACAGUCAGCAAUGUUUCAGAUGUUGUAUCUUUUGUUACACAAAGUACAACAGUUGGACAAAGCACCCUCUUGGGUGUCCUUAACAAUGGGACAGACAACUCAGCCACAUCAAGUCCACUGACCAUAGGAAACAUGACAGGUAUUCUUACUAACCACACAACUCGUAACUGGUCAGACUUUAACCCGACAGAUGAUGAGAGUUUCUCUGAGGCGAUGAGUCCUAAAGAUGAGACGUUGUUUGUGGCCCUGAUUAUCAUGGGAGUAAUAGUACCCGCCAUCUUUAUUUUCUCAUUCUUCAUGAUCUUCUGGAGACGUUACAAACAGCAACAACAAAGAAGGGCACAAAUGCUGCUUCAAAACGCACAGGAUGUUCCCAUGGAUACCAUUCCUUAUCGUAUGCAGGCAAGACUGGAGGCUGGUAUUCUCUGAUAAAAGGAUAAACACUGAACAUCAAGACAGAGGCACAAGUUAUAGAACAGAAUCUGAAAUCAAAAUGUCAUCUUUAGUGGAGACUGUACAGGAUCACUUAGUACAGUAGAGAAUCUACACAGUCACUUAGUACAGUAGAUAAUCUACACAGUCACUUAUUACAGUAGAUAAUCUAUGGGGUCACUUAGUACAGUAGAUAAUCUAUGGGGUCACUUAGUACAGUAGAUAAUCUAUGGGGUCACUUAGUACAGUAGAUAAUCUAUGGGGUCACUUAGUACAGUAGAUAAUCUAUGAGGUCACUUAGUACAGUAGAUAAUCUAUGGGGUCACAUGGUAUUAAUAAUAGAGAUUCUACAGGAAUUAUUAGUACUAAAGAGUAGAUAUAUAAAGUUUGAAUUUACAAGAAAUAUGACGAAUUUGUACCUUAUGCAUACUUGCCAUUUUUUCUGAUUUUUAGAGAGAGAGACUCUGGGUUUGUAGGUUUGAUACUACAUUAUGUAUAUGUGUAUGUAUUUAUGUAUGUAUAUAUAUUGUAUAUAUAGACAGUAGGAUACGUUCUAGAAUCUGUAGGAUUACUAUUAAAUGUUACUAUAGACAGUAAAGGAUUAUCAUUACCUGCUAAAAUCUAUCUGUUAUUGCCACCUUGUCUGUAACAGACCACAACCUUUCAACUUUGGAACUAAUUUCUAACUAAAGGUUAGGAGAGUACAUGAACCAAUGAUACAUACAGUGAAAUAAUUAUUUAAGAAAUUUAAUUUUUUACUAACGUUCAAUUAAGUUUUAAUGUCAAAAUAUUGAUUUGUGAUUUGACAGAUAUAUCAGUAUAUGUUUUGUGUAAUAAGUAUAAUUUAGAUUCCUCUUUAUCUCUGACAGGAUCAUAAUCAGGUUUCCAUUCAAAAGUAAACAAGGCCAGAUUGUUCAGUUUGAUAAGAAUACGUAGGAAUUAUGAUAAGGCCAUACUAAGGUUCAUUGGUGAAAUUUGAUCAGAGAAAUAGCAGGCUUCUUUCUGUAAUUUGUAGUGAAAAAUUCAGAAAUAGGAGUGAAAAUUGAGCAAGGGAGAUAACCCUUUAUAUAAUUUUGGUAUAUUUUUUUUGAAACAAAGAUGGUUGUUUGUUGAGUUGGAAUAGCAUAAUUAAUUUUGAAGUGAAGAAUGUUUUUUUGGUAUUUAAUUCUUGACUUUAUAAGGAUUAUUUUAUAUGGAAACAAUAUUAAGUUGCUUUUGAAUAUAACUGGUUUUAUAAAAGUACCAUAUGAAUGUAUAUCAAUCCACCUUACAGUACAUACUGAAAUGAGAUACUAUGGUGGUUCUUUCUUAUAUUGAGUUUAUUUAAACAAUGGACUUGAAUUUUGAACAUUGAAGCAUAUUCUAAACAUUUAUUGUUAUAUACAGUAAAUAUUUCCUACCACUGAAGCCAGAAUGAUUAUAAAUGUGUUUACAUAUGCUUUGAAAAAGUUGACUAAUAAUUGUACAUAUGUUAUUUUAUGGAUGUUAAUAUAUUAAAUCCCUGUUAUAUAUAUAUCUGACAUGAACUGGUAUGUUGAUAUUUAUAUUACCUUUAUGUAACUAUAAACUGUUAAGUCUGUUGUACUUAUAUGAAUAAGGGUAACAAUACAGUAUGAGGGAACUGUGAUAGCUCAUUUGACUAGAUAUAUAAUCUGGAGUGUAGAUCUGAGGUUUGUGGUUCGACGCUCCCUACUGAUGGCGGUUUGUGUUUCUCAGGAAGCUGAUAAACAGACCGGUCUGUACUGAACGUGAUUGUGGCCUUGGCUGAGACAUUUUACACAAACUAUGAUCAAAGUUACUGAAUAUCUGGGGUUCUUGGUUUCAUGAUCCUUGUUUGGGAUGGCUCUGGUUUCUAUGGAAGUUGAGACCAUGAAUUGUCCAGAGUUAUCAUGGCUGUGUUCUAGGGUAAACAUUUUAUGCCAAAUGUUCUAAAUAAAAUAUGGUAGGCCUGUUUUUUUAUUAUUUUGUUCACUGAUGUAGCCAGCUGCUUCAAUGAGGCCCAUCCAAAGGGAGGCACUGUUGUAUAGAUGUUGUGGUUAAGACA